AGCUCGUCUUCUACCCGUCGCUAUUCUCCUCUUUUAAACCCCCAAUCUCCCGUGACCGUCAACCACCUCGCCAUCUCUCUAAAUUCUUGUCUAAAAAAAAAUCUCUAAAUUCUAGGGUUUUUUUUAAUUAAUAAUUUCACAAAUAACAAUAACUCAUCACCAAUGGCGCUCAUUUUAAUUUUCCUAAAAUCCUAAUAUCUCUCCUCUUUCUUUUGAAUUUUCUGAAAAUUUUUUAGAGUAAUUACUUAGCAUGGAUGCAGCUGCCAGUAGCACCAUGGGAGGCGGCGGUGGAGAUCCCCCGACGAGCAGUGCGCCGACGCAGCCGGCGCCUGUUCAGAACGCAGGAAAUGCGCCGCCGCCUUUCUUGAGCAAGACGUACGACAUGGUGGACGAUCCGGCGACGGACUCGAUUGUGUCUUGGAGCCCGACCAAUAACAGUUUCGUUGUUUGGAAUCCACCAGAGUUUGCACGUGAUCUUCUUCCGAAAUACUUUAAGCAUAAUAACUUUUCUAGCUUCGUUCGUCAGUUAAACACUUACGGCUUCAGGAAAGUUGAUCCAGAUCGUUGGGAAUUUGCAAACGAAGGCUUUUUACGGGGUCAAAAACACCUGCUUCGAGGUAUUAGUAGACGAAAACCUGCCCAUGGACAUGGUCAUCAACAAUCGCAACAACCACACGGACAAAACUCAUCUGUGGGUGCUUGUGUUGAGGUUGGCAAAUUUGGGCUUGAGGAAGAGGUUGAGAGACUAAAAAGGGACAAGAAUGUGCUUAUGCAGGAAUUGGUCAGGUUGAGGCAGCAACAACAGGCUACCGAUGGCCAGCUCCAAACUAUGGUGCAACGUCUUCAGGGGAUGGAGCAGCGACAACAACAAAUGAUGUCAUUCCUGGCAAAGGCAGUACAGAGCCCUGGUUUCUUAGCCCAGUUUGUACAACAACAAAAUGAUAGUAAUAGACGUAUAACUGAAAUGAACAAAAAGCGUAGGCUCAGGCAAGAAGAUGUUGUUGACGAUAGUGGUUCUACUGCUUCUGAUGGGCAGAUUGUUAAAUACCAGCCUUCAAUGAAUGAGGCAGCAAAAUCGAUGCUCAAGAAGAUCAUGAAAAUGGAGUCUUCUCGGUUAGAUUCACUUAACAAUAAUCAUGAUAAUUUCUUGAUUGGUGAUGGCUCAUCAUCAUCUAAUAGUGGGAGCUCUCCCACCCGGGUAUCAGGAGUAACACUUCAAGAGGUUCCACCAACUUCAAGGAUCUUGGCUCAUGGUCCUUCAACUACAAUAUCUGAAUCACAGUCUUCUCGACGUGUCACAUCUUCAGAAAAGAUGACAACAGACGAAUUUCUUGAUAUUAGUAAGUUGGUUGGAGCUCAAGGGGAACCUUCUAUCCCAAUUUCACAGGGAGAUAUGAUUAUGCCUGAAAUACCAGAAAUAGCUUCAGAAAGUGUUAUUGAUAUUCCUGGAGACAGUUACAUGGUACCCAAGAUGGGUAAUGAAGAUUAUAUGGAUCCAACUUCAUUGGUGAUAAAUGGAUCAAUGCCUAUAGAAAUUGAUGGGCUUUCACCUGAUCUUGAUAUUGAUGCUUUGCUCGAUGCUUCUAGCUUUUGGGAUGACCUUUUGCAAAGUCCAGUGCCUGAGGAUGUUAUAUCAACCUCAAUGGAUGGUGAAACCAAGAAAAAUGAAACACAGCCAAUAGAGAAUCGAUGGGACAAAGUUCAGCAUGUGGAUCAGCUUGCUGAACAAAUGGGUCUUCUUAAUUCUGAUUCUAAAGUGGUUUGACCUGAAUGCAUAAUUGGCUAUUUUGAGAUCUGUGGUAAGACCUAAAGUUAAACCAGUGAUCCUUCUUGUAUGUUCUUCCUAUUGUGUUAGUUGAAAAUAGCUAAUGCCACCCUCUAUUUGUUUUGCUCAUACUGAGACCCAAAAUUUACUCCCAUUUUGUUUUUGGUCUUUUACCUAUAUGUGUAGGCUAUAGAUUGGAAUUUUCCUUGAUUGUACAGGUUGUUGUUCUGCUCCUCCUGCAAGACAAUCAUCUUUUUUCUAAGGACUGACUUCUUGUAAUUUCUUGUAAUCAUCUAUUGUGUUGGUUGAUUGUACAGGUUGUUGUUCUGGAAAUUUAAUUAUAUUUCCCUUAAUAGAAUUGACAAUAUCACUGAUCUCAA